AUGACAAGUGUUGUUCCUUGGCAUCCUGGCAAAUCACGGUGGCUGCUCUUGUAUUCUGCCCUUCUGCUCCUAAUGGAGGGCCAUGCAGCCCCCUCGGGCCCAGAGUCUGACUCCUGCUCCACCUUAGUCCAGAGCCGCUUUUUUGGCUUCUUCCUGUCCUCAUCGGUGUUCCCCACCACGCCUUGCUCCUGGACCCUGCAGAACCCCGAUCCGCGGCGCUACACUAUCUUUAUCAAGGUCUCAAAACCCACAGAGGACUGCGUGCCAUCACAGCUCCGCACCUUCCAGUAUGAGUCCUUCCUGGAGACCACUCGCACGUACCUGGGCAUGGAGAGCUUCGAUGAGGUGGUGAGGCUAUGCGACACCUCUGCCCCCGUGGCCUUCCUAGAGGCCGGGAAGCAGUUCCUCCAAAUGAGGAAGGGACCUCCUCGGACGGGAAAGGCUAUCUCGGAUGGCGACGAGGAUUUCAAAACUGAGUACCUGGUGGUCGGGAAGCGCAACCCCAGCAUGGCGGCCUGUCAGAUGCUGUGCCAGUGGCUGGAGGAUUGUCUGGCCUCCAGCACGUCCAACAGGCCCUGUGGCAUCAUGCAGACUCCAUGUCUGUGCUGGGAGCCGCCCCCGCAGCUCAGCGAGGGAGAUAGCUGUUAUCACAAUGGAGUUUACCUGGAAAACUGUUUACCCGGCAUGAAAGAGAGUGGGAAAAACGCCGAAAUAAAUGGAGGCUGGAGUGCGUGGGGUCAGUGGGCACAGUGCAGCAGCGAGUGCGGAGGCGGGAUUCAAACCCGGACCCGGACGUGUCAGUCGCCCCCGGAGGAGUUGUACCUGUGUGAGGGCGUGCUGGAGGAGGGCCGGCCCUGCAACUCACAGCCCUGCAGCACCGGCAAAGGUCGCCAUCUCUCCCGCAGCCAAUCGCUUCGCUCGGUGGACAGCCGCAAGCGCGACGACGUAGACAAGCCCCGCAGCGGACAGCAGAGCCCGCAGACAGACUCAGCGUCAGGGGAGGAGUGGUCAGCGUGGAGUGUGUGUUCUGCCACGUGUGGGGAGGGCUGGCAGAGUCGCACUCGUUUCUGUGUGUCCUCCUCCUACAGCACCCAGUGUAGUGGGCCACUGCGCGAGCAGAGACCUUGCAACAACUCUGCCGUUUGUCCAGUGCACGGCGCUUGGGACGAGUGGUCGCCGUGGAGUUUGUGCUCCUCGACCUGUGGCCGAGGUUACAGGUUCCGAAUGCGGACCUGCGCCCCCCCACAGUUUGGGGGAGAUCCCUGCGACGGCCCAGAGAAACAGACCAAAUUCUGCAACAUAGCUGUCUGUCCAGUGGACGGCGUGUGGAACGAGUGGUCCAACUGGAGCUCCUGCUCUGCCUCCUGCUCUAAUGGGACCACGCAGAGAACCAGGGAGUGCAACGGCCCCUCGUACGGAGGCUCCGAGUGCAGGGGAGAAUGGCUGGAGACGGUGGACUGCUUCCUUGGGGAGUGUCCGGUGGAUGGCAAGUGGCAGCCGUGGUCUUUGUGGACGGGCUGCACUAAAACCUGCGGAGGGGGGAGCCAGCAGAAAAACAGGAUUUGUUAUGGGCCCUUUUUUGGAGGGGAGGCCUGUCCUGGAGAGCGAGAAGAGGUCCGAGGCUGUAAUGAAAAGAGAUGCCCAGAACCUCAUGAAAUAUGUGGCGAGGACAACUUCUCCAAUGUCGUUUGGAAGAUGACGCCAUACGGCGAUACAGCGGCGGUGCGCUGUCCUCCCAACGCCAUGGGGCUUAUCCUGCGCCGCUGCAGCCUGGACGAGGAGGGCAUCGCCUACUGGGAGAACCCCACCUAUAUGAAGUGCAUUUCCAACGACUAUCGCAGUAUACAAACUUUGACCCGGGAACACUUGUCCAAAGCACAGCGCGGCCUCGUGGGAGACGGCGUUUCAGAGGUGAUGACCAAGCUGAAGGUGACGUCCAGCGACGGCACCAGCUACAGCGGGGAUCUGCUGGCCAUCGUCGACGUGCUGAAGAACAUGACGGAGAUCUUCAGGAGGGCCUACUACAGCCCCAGCAGUGCAGACAUGAGGAACUUUGUGCAGUCAGUCAGCAAUCUGUUGAUGGAGGAGAACAAGGAGAGAUGGGAGGAAGCGCAACUGCUGGGGCCAAACAUCAAAGAGCUGUUCCGUCUGUUGGAGGACUUUGUGGAUGUCAUUGGCCUGAGGAUGAAAGACUUUCAAGACAUGUAUGAAGUCACCGAUAACCUAGUUUUCAGCGUCCAUAAGCGUCCGGUGGUGGGUCACGCAGACAUCAGCUUCCCCAUGAAGGGCUGGAGGGGCAUGGUGGACUGGGCCCGCAGCUCUGAGGACAGAGUCACCAUCCCCAAGAACAUCCUGUCUACUGGCAAGCCAGAUGCAGACGAGUCCUCGACGUUUGUAACCGGCAUCGUCUUGUACAGGAACCUGGGCAGCAUUCUGGCUCUGCAGAGAAACAGCACAGUCCUCAACUCCAAGGUGUUGUCCGUGACCAUCAAGCCCACCCCGGCUUCCCUCUCUGCUCCGGUCGUGGUUGAGUUCUCUCACAUGUACAAUGGCACCAUCAACCAAACCUGCUUAACCUGGGACGAGAGCGACAGCUCCUCUCUGCUGGGAUCCUGGUCUGCCAGGGGCUGCAAAGCCGUGCUAGUCGACUCAUUCCGAACCAAAUGCGUGUGUGACAGACUGUCCACCUUCGCCAUUUUAGCACGGCUAAAUCCCGAAAUGAACAUGGAUAAGACACAGCUGCCAUCCGUGACGCUGAUCGUGGGCUGCGGAGUGUCUUCGCUGACAUUGUUGCUGCUCAUCAUCAUCUACGUGUCUGUCUGGAGAUACAUUCGCUCUGAGCGCUCAGUCAUCCUCAUUAACUUCUGCCUUUCCAUCAUCUCCUCCAAUGCCCUGAUUCUCAUCGGACAGACUCAGACACGGAAUAAGGUCUUGUGCACCCUGAUCGCUGCGUUCCUUCAUUUCUUCUUCCUGUCCUCGUUCUGCUGGGUUCUGACGGAGGCGUGGCAGUCGUACAUGGCGGUGACCGGUCGCCUCAGGAACCGCAUCAUACGCAAGCGUUUCCUCUGUCUCGGCUGGGGUCUCCCUGCCCUAGUGGUGGCCAUCUCAGUGGGAUUCACCAAGGCAAAAGGAUAUGGAACACCAAGCUACUGCUGGCUGUCUCUGGAAGGAGGUCUUCUCUAUGCAUUUGUUGGACCCGCUGCAGCUGUCGUCUUGGUUAACAUGGUUAUUGGGAUUCUCGUUUUUAACAAACUGGUGUCCAAAGACGGCAUUACAGAUAUGAAACUAAAGGAGAGGGCGGGUCAGAUGACAGUGCCACUGUACAAUAUGACGCUCAAAUGUGCCAAGUGCGGAGUUAUCUCUUCGGCUGACGUUUCCACCACAGCUACCAGUAACGCCAUGGCGUCUCUGUGGAGCUCCUGUGUGGUUUUGCCCCUGCUGGCUCUCACCUGGAUGUCGGCUGUCCUCGCCAUCACAGACCGGCGCUCGGCGCUCUUCCAGAUCCUCUUUGCCGUCUUUGAUUCGCUGGAAGGCUUUGUCAUCGUCAUGGUGCACUGCAUCCUGCGCAGAGAGGUUCAGGAGGCGGUGAAGUGCCGCGUGGUGGACCGCCAGGAGGACGCCAAUGGAGAUUCAGGAGGAUCUUUCCAGAAUGGCCACGCCCAGCUCAUGACUGACUUUGAGAAAGACGUGGAUAUCGCCUGCAGAUCAGGCACUAUGAAGCGCUCCUCUCUCCAGGGGGAGGACAAGGCCUCCUCCGGGACCCUCACCCUUCAGAAGGGUUCGAACUUUAACACCAUGCCGGCCAGUAUGGCGAAGGUUCACCUCCAGAACGUGGCAGACUACACCAGCCACACUCUGACUCUGCGCAGGGAGAAGGGCCCCGCCAAAGGAAUCAGCACGGAGCUGCCGGGGGCCAAAUCCAUCUACAUCUGCGAUGGCGAGCUCUUUAAGCAGCUGGAUGGAGAGCUGCCUCGAGGAAACGGCGAGGGCAGCAGCUCCGAGGGCACCGGCAAAGGCCCGGGCUACGUCAUCCUACCAACCAACAACACAGGCACCCUGAAGGCGGCCAAGGGCAAAGAGGAGCAGACGGCCAAGUACAACAUGGGCAUUGAGCAGCUGCCUCAGACCAGGCUCAUUCACAUGGCUAACCCUGUCAAUGGAGAGCCGGUGCCUGGCUUCGGGCUGAAGAGCCUGCCCGCCGACCAGAUCAGUGUGUCGUGCUCCGACAGAGACUCACCUGCACACAAUCUGCAGAACAUGCCCAGAGACUCCCAGGGAGUCAACAGCAUGUGUGAUGGGGGAGAUUCCGGAAACUCCGGCGUGAUGUCCAAGAGUGAGACCGUCUCCACGCUGUCUAUGAGCUCACUGGAGAGACGAAAAUCACGCUAUGCAGAGCUUGACUUUGAGAAGAUUAUGCACACCCGGAAACGCCACCAGGACAUGUUUCAGGACCUGAACAGGAAGAUUCACAGUGCAGACAAGGAUAGAGAAUCUCCACCUGUUGACGCCAAAGCUGCCAAAAGAUGGAGCGUGUCCUCUGCCAGCAGCGACAAGACCAACAUGAGUGACAAGCAGCAGACUCCCAGUAAGAGGGCGUGGGAGGGCAUCAGGAAGACCCACUCCCCCCCUUCCUGGGUGAGGAAAGACCUGGAAACAGUGGCAGCGUCUCCUCUGGAGCUGCAGACGGUGGAGUGGGAGAAGACUAGUGCCACCAUUCCUCUGGUGGGCCAGGAGAUCAUGGACCUUCAGACGGAGGUGUGA